CUGUGACCACCUGUUUACAAUCGAAUAAUGACCGAAAAUAUUAUGGCGCUCUCGAGUGACGUCAUUAAGAGGCGACACCUGCCGCUGAACGAAAACAACCCGUCUGGGCACAAUACGGAGCAGAUUUUAGCUUCACACGGAGCUUUGCCCGCAGUAUCAGUCAGGCCUCAUCAAUGCGCGGAUCAAUGGACAUCUGUGCACAUCUGUCCGGACAGGAGGGCUCGGAGCAGGUCGUCAUGGCGGACAGUUCAGGGCUCCAAGCACAGAUCGCCUCGGUCAUAGAGAUCCUGGCCAAUUCGGCCGUGGUGGAAAUCUGCAGGCUGGUGGAAGAUGGUUACACUGCGCUGUGCUCUCAGAUGGAGCAGGAGCGAGAAAAAUGCCAGGAGGAGAACGAUGUUCUGCGGCAGAAGCUGCGAGAAACGGACGAGAAGCUGCGGAGCUGCGACCGGAAGCUGCGGAGACGACGUCGACACGAGAAGAUGUUCACUGUUCGUCUGAACCUGGAGCAAGAAGCCCAGAAUCCUAGUGAGGAAACUCCUCCCACGGAAGCUGUUUUGGACUCCAGUCUGGCCUCCUCUCCCCCACAUUCUCCCCCAUCUCCCACUGACGUCAAGAUGGAUCUGACCUGCAGGCCUGGAGCAAAAUGUAACUUGAUGAAGCCCCUGUGGAAGAGCCUGAAAGUUAGCAGUGGAGUUCUUCAAGACACUGAGACUGUUUGCAGGGACUUUCCUGAAAACCAAACAGAUCUAAAGCCUAAGAUCCAGCCAGAUGAAACUCCAGAUGAUGAGCUUCAUCCUCCUCAUCGACCAGUCCCUGUGGAACUGGAUGAGCCCAAUUCUGACCUCAAAAACGUGAGCCUGGAUCUAACCUGGAUGCAGGAGCAUCUUGGUACAGCAUAUGCAGUUGCACACUUGGGUUUGGGGAGCACAAACACUGGACACCCUUUGUCCUCUCAUCUUGCACAGGGAGAAGGGGACAGUCUAGAUGGUCCUCCCACCAUGUUCUUCACUGGUGGAACGAACAAAAUGGCUGCAUUUUCCCCCUCAUUCGACAUGACUGCUGUUACUGCUGCCGUCGUAGCUGCACCACCUUCUCCUGUACCUGCUGUCACUACGGCUCCUUCUGCCUGCAUACCCAGUCAGAUGCAGCCCUUCAGGAGUAGCACUGUCCUUUCUAAAAAGUCUGUGGCGUGUGCAGUUUGUAGGCAAGUCUUCUUCAGUGCAGCUGCCCUGAAGCUGCACCAGCAGGCGCACACUGGAGAGAGACCCUAUACUUGCCGCCACUGUGGAAAAGGCUUUGCCCAGCCCAACAACCUGAGAGUCCACCUUCUUAUCCACACCGGAGAGCGGCGUUAUCGGUGUACACUGUGUGGAAAAGGUUUCAUCUCUUCAAGCCACCUAAAGAGACACCGCACAGUCCACACCCAGGAGAAGCCCUACAGCUGUUCACAGUGUGGACAGUCCUUCAGCCAGAUGUGCAGUGUUCGCAGACACAGGCAGCAGUCUCAGUGUGGAUUGUAG